UGAAGAGGUUGUUAUUUAAAUACCUCAUCAAAACUAUACGAAAUAUGACGCUGCUCUAGCGACACGACGCCAUUAUAUAGACACCUGUCUGACCCGACUGUCUGUCUGUCUGUAGAGUCGCAAAUCCGAAUUAGAAAGUUCAUAACUUUUUAUUCCGUCCAUAAGAAGUUGGACAAGGUUGAGUCCGUCGUGCCAUUCAGUCGAGUAUUGUGUGCCAGUGUGCUCGCACGUACACUUCGUUCUAGUGGAUACGAAACUUUUUUCACGCGGUCCAUGUGCUGUCUUGUGCUGGUUUGAAACUGAAAGGAGGAUUUUACAACCAAAAAGCUAGGUGAGCCAACGAGGCGAUGUCGGCCACGAAGUAUUCGCAUCCGUUCAUGCGGCGACAGAAACCGAUGCCGGAGGGCUACGACGAAGAACUACAGCAGAUCAGGGAAUGGAUGAAGAGCCAGCCGCACCUUCCGUACAUAUCCGAGGAGUACCUGAUGCUGUUCCUGCACUCCAACUACUACAAGGUGAAAGAGACGAAGGACACCAUCGAGUGCUACUUCACGCUGCGAGCUAACACGCCGGACCUGUUCAGCAACCGGGAUCCACUGCUGCCCAAGAAUAAGACCAUUUUGGACAUCACGCACAUGGUGGCUCUACCAAACAGAACGGAGGAAGGGUACCACGUCCUCUUAUAUCGCCUGUCUGAAUUCGACUACAGUAAACUGAACUUCGCCGACGCUGUCCGUGUGUUCUGCAUGUUCAACGACGUGAAGUUGUCUGAGGAUUGCCUCUCUGAAGGCUAUAUCGUCAUCUUCGACAUGAAGGGCUGCAGCUUAGGCCAUUUGACGAGGGUCACACUCCCAGCUCUGAGGGCGUUCAUGCACUAUAUUCAGAAUGCGCAUCCAUGUCGCCUCAAGAAGAUUCACGUAGUGCAUACAGUCUCCUUCAUCAACCAAGUCAUGUGCCUUGUCAAGCCGCUCAUUCAUUCCAAUCUCCUCAACUUACUGAACUUCUCUUCUGAGGGUCCCGCCUCUGUAGUUGACAAAGAACUCUUGCCAGAAGAUUACGGUGGCCCUCUUCCCCCAGUCAAGCAAUUCCACGAAGAACAGAGGAAAAACAUGGAGGAGAAUUACCGGGAUUGGCUGAUCGAGACGGAGAUAUUCAAAGCGGACGAAAAGAAAAGGAUAAAGAAACCCAGUAGAGGCAUGUUCGCUAGUUUCACCAGCAGCUUCAAGAGUUUGGACAUCGAUUGAUUGCCCGCCAGCUGUUAGUUCACAAGGGACCUGAUAACUUAGCAACGUUUUGUAUAAAGAGUUUUUAGUCGUAUCGAACUUGUUAUUAAGUUAGUACUUUUUAGUUUUUUUUUAAACCAAAUGUAGUUUACGUCUUUUUGGUUUAGGUGUCGUGUAAGCUUUUAAUUUAAGGAGCAAUUGUGUACUACAUUAUCAACAUCUACUAUAAGGCUCCUCUCUUUGUCUACAAUAUCCAAGUUUCUAAUAGAAAUAUAGAAAUCAUGUAUACAUGAGUUAGAAAUGUUUGUAAGUUUGAUUUUAAUCUAGAUAUGCCUUAUUUUGUCAAAGCGACUGUGAUGCAAAGUGGUUUCUAUUUCUUAUUAAUAAGUAUAGGUACUGGUCGUUCAACGGCGAAAAUGCUCAAAAUAAGAAUACAUACAUUAUGAUACUAGGUGAUAGAUGGUGCUGAAGGUCUAGAUCUAGAGUUAUAUGGAUCUGUUCUAUAAUGGGGUAAUAUGAACUGUACUAUCUGCCAAUUUGAUUCCUGACCCACUUUAAGCUUAUUUUCUAACAACCAUUGGAAAACAAUAAGGUAAACUUUCGCUUAAAUAUACGUAUCCCUGGAAGCAAACUUGUUAUAUUCUGAACAAUCGUAUUUAACGUGACUGAUUUUGUCGCCUCCCUGUGAUAUAAGUUGACGUUACAUUCUUUGGAGUUUUGCACACAAGACUAAGGAUCUCCCUAUUUAUCGGCGUUUUCCUUAAUAUCAAGAAAUCAAAAGACCUUCUGUUCCAUUUACGAUUUUAAUGAUUUAUAGUGAUUUCGAAAUACCAUUAACUACCAUUUCAAUUUUAUCUACAAGAUGAUCAAUAAAGAUCUUUUUAUAACUGAAAAUUUAAAACGAAGGUCAAUUUCCAAAUCUUUGAUUCAUACUAGUAGGUUAGUACAUUCCCUUAUUAUUAAUAGAUAUUAAUAGAUACUAAGUGCAAAAACGAAUAUUAUUAAAAAGAAGACAACUUGUCUCUUUUGAAAUCUUUAAGUGGAAAUUAUCGGGCAAUUGGGUCAGCAUUCAAUUUGUUCGCUACUGCAUAGUUAUUUUUGUAUAUGAACUUGAUAUAUUAUAUCUAUAUGAAUGGUUGACUAUUAUAAAAAUACUUAUUAGUUUUGAAGAUCGUAUGAUUGUCAUCGUCUUCCAUCUUAAGCUAACUUUCAUAGUUUUUAAUGCCAUAAGCUGUGUUAUCCACUAGGCGAGGCAGCUUCGUGUCGAAUAGCCUCGACUUGAGGCAAAGUGUACCCCUAGCACGAACCAUUAUUGAAUUCGAAUAGUUUGCAAACCGAAAUGUCAAUGUCAAAUUUUGUAUGGAAACUUGAACAGCAGCGGCACAAAGUAACGAGAACUAAAAACGACAGGAUGCGUAUUCGUCAUGCAAUAAUAAAUAAUAAUAAUAAACGUUUAUUGAUUUUCAGCAAGCUAUAUAUAUUUUUUAAAUUGAUGUUAAUAAAAUUGGUGACAAUAGGCAUAUUGAAGCUUAAAUAUUGUAAAAGGUUGCCUGUGGUAGUAUAACCUGUAUAACAGGCAACAGGGUCCCCUGUAUGUAUAUAAAUACUGUGGCCCAUUUAGGUGUGCGCACAUAGGCUGUAUGAUGUGUGUAUAUAUUGACAUCAGGAACUGUCCAUAACUAACCAUGACUUUCAAACAGCUCGUAAGCCGUCGCACGAGCACAGGUACAUUAUUUUCAUCGCACGAUGAGAUCGUAUCGUGUGCUCGUAGGAGCGUGGCCAAUUAGGACGACGCUUGAGGUAGGCUCGAGGCUCGUUGCGGAUCGAAGUGAGGCAUGCUGCUUUGAAUUGAUCCACAACUAUGACUCGGUCCGCCGCGACAAAUUUGUCCCAGGGCGCGGCACGCCUAUGCUUAAGCAGUAUGUACCCUUGCGCUGCCUCGGAUCGGAUCACUUGGCCCGAAGAUGCCUCUAGUGCAGGGAUGGGCAAACUUUUCCUUAUCGUGUCAAUAUUAACUAUCAUUUCACUAUCAUAUCCAUACAAAAUUUGACGAUGACGAUACAAUUACGGAGCUGUCAAAGUUUGUGCUUUUGCUGUAGGAUAUAGCGGCUGUAGACUUUAAGGUUUCGAGCCCACUCCUCCUAGUAUGAGCAACACAAUUUACAUUAUAUCACGUUUUUUAUCGCGUCUAAUUGACAAACUCCAUGGAAAUUUGACAAUUGAGCAUGAUAAAAAAGCGUUAUGUAUCAUAUGGCUGUGCUCAUACUAGGGGGGCAUAAUUAGGUAGGCAUUCCAGUGACAACUAUAUCUCAAAUUAUACAAUCAAUAAACAAUGUAUUUCUAGUUUUUGUUUCGUAAGAAUAUGAUAUUUACAGCUUUAAGUUUGUAUUUACGAUUACGGUUUUUACGUAAAUAUUUUUAAGAUUAACAUCGGUAGUGAUUGUACUCAAACUUAAUAUAUUUAAAACACUUUGUAUUUUUUAAAUUGAUUUCAAGAUAUUAAAACUCUAUUUAGUUUUAAUGGAAAAUAAAUUCAUUUUACCGCGGACUAUAUAAAAAUUAUGAUAUCUACUUAUUAUUUUAAUAUUUUUUUGCUUUAUUAAUGUUUCCGCAUACGCAAUAGGGUAUUUGACAAGAUUUAGAAAACGAUCUCACGUUAUUGAAUAAUGUUUAUGGAGUCCGUGAAAAGUUGAUAUUCAUAAUUCUGUUGUGUACUUCAGUAAAAAUAACCAAGUCAAAAACUCCAUUUUCAAGUUGCCGCGAAAACGUUUCUCUGGGCAAUAUGGCGUGUUACUAGUGUGUGACGUCACACGACUGUUAUUAAAACGUCAUACGAUACAAUCUAAUGUCACUUUAACCGGAAGUUUACUUGCGUGUGACGUCAUUUUAGGCUCCGCCAAUCCCAAGCGUUUUGGGCCACGUGACAAUAGAUAAGGAAACUAUUAUCUUUUUCGUGAGUUUUUAGUAAAAAUAUGAAUAUUUGUUUGUAAAAAUAGUAAAAAUCCCUGCCAAUAUUCAUUCUAAACACAGAUGCUAACAAUUGGCACUUUAUUUUUAUUACUGUCAAAUUGAAACCCUAUUGAAAAGUAAUAAACAUAAUACGUACUAUUUUAUAAAAAUAUAAAUAAUUUUUAAUUGUAUACCGGUUAGUAUAGAAAAUAGAUAUAUUUAAAUCUUAUUUACCAAGGUAUCGUUUUUCUAAUAGUUUUUAUUUUUGAUACUGAAAAGUAUUUUGUUUAUAUUUUGUAAAGUUACCAUAGUCUUUG